AUGGAGGAGGGUUCGUUUUCGCUGCCAUUAGACUUAGUAGAAGAAGAGAUACUUCACAGGACUCCGAUCGAAUCUUUGGUACGAUUCAAGACGACGUGUCAAGAAUGGUACGCUCUCUUCAACUCCAAGAGAUUCAUCUACAAACACUUGCAUCUCUCUCAGAAACGGUCUAUUCGAAUUUUUCGUGAUACGUUUCAAAUCAUCAACCCGGUAACCCUAGAUCUCUUAUCUCUACCACUUCCGGCAGAGUUUCCCCACGGGAGUAUUUUUAUUAUUCACUGCGACGGGUUAUUGCUAUGCAGUAUUGUUUAUGAAAAACACGGUUUCGGUUAUGAACAUCACGGCCUUCUGGCGGUUUGGAAUCCAGUUUUGAGCAGCCGGGUCAAAUUGAUCGAACCAAUGGGUGCUUACAGGCCUUAUUAUGAUGUUUUCGGUUUUGGAUACGACAAUGACAACAAGUACAAGAUUUUGAGGUUUGAAGCAAUACGAGGUACGGGAUAUGAGAUGUAUGACCUCAAUUCUAAUCUCUGGACAUAUUUUCCCGCCACUUUCGAAUGGUUUCCGAUAACUCCGAUCCAAAACGUGUCUAUGAAGGGAAAUAUGUAUUGGAUUGCUCAAACCAAGAAGACUCUCGAAACCUUUAUCCAAAGUUUCGAUUUCUCCACGGAGACAUUCAAGCCCAUAUGUUCCCCUAUCCCCGUACGGGUCCGGGUUACCAGUGUCAGCCCUACCGAUCUUAGUGUUGUAAUAUAUGCCAAUCCUGAUAUUGUAGUCUUGUCAGAUUUCGGAGGAGAUAGGCUUUCUUUACUACAUCAACCCAAAAGGGAGAUCAAGAUCGAGGUGUGGGUCACAAACAAGGUGACUGAUGGUGUUGUCUCAUGGACUAAGUAUUUCAAUGUGACUCACCCUCAUCUCCCUGUAAUACUUCAUAGGGAGUGCUCUUUCGGUAAUCCGUCAUACUUCAUCCACAAGACUAAUGGUAUUAUGUUAUGGUGCGAUAAAGUUUUACAAAAGGGUGAUAAACUUGUGCGUGGCAGCUUUUACGAAAUUUGUGAGGGUGAGAUAAAAAAACAAGUUGAGACAGGACCACCGUUUAGGUCUCAUGGAUUGAACAACCCUUGUAUUUGUGGCUCUAUUUACGUUCCAAGUCUGGUUCCGGUUCCAGAAUAA